CCUAUCAUAAGAGCAGGCCCGGCGACAUUGACAUUAAGUUCUUUUGAAGGUUUAGAUAAGGUACGGGCAACGGGAUGCAUCCGGCACCGACGACGCCUCCCACUGUCAUGUACCGAAUGCCGCCGCCUACUCCGGGUGGCAUAAACGAGCCUCAGGAAUGCCCGUACUGCCGUCGCACGUUUUCAUGCUACUACUCCCUCAAACGUCACUUCCAGGACAAACACGAGCAAUCGGACACGCUCUACGUCUGCGAGUUCUGCAACCGUACGUAUCGUACGAAGAACUCGUUGACGACGCACAAGAGUCUGCAGCAUCGCGGCACCAGCGGCGUGCUAAAACGGCUCCUCAAGGCCUCGGCGAUCAAGAACGUUCUUGGUAACAUGCAGCAUCAUCAUCAGAUGCAGAUGCAGCAGCAACCGCAAUGAAAACGUCGGAAAAGUCAAAGCCUCCCCGUGUCGCUGCCGCAUCUGCGGAAUCGCCGUCGUCGUCGUCGCCGUCGUCAUCGUCAUCGUCAUCGUCAUCGCGCUGCUAUCGUCGUCAUCUCGCAAUUCGUUUUGCUCGACAUCAAUUAGCGCACCACGAGAAUCGACAACAAAUGAUCGAAAACAUACGAAAAUAAUGCCAUCUUGCGUUCUGAGAUGCGCUUGAGCUGAGCCCAAAAUCGAUUAGAAUGGAUGGAUUAGAAAUAUGGUUAAUCGAAUCCACUUCCCUUUAUCUAAAUUACCGAUCCGCGAUGUAGAAAAAAAUGAAUUGCUAAUUUCGGAGUUCAUUUGUCUCGAGACAUCAUUCACUUACUGUCGAGUCUAAAGUCAUUACCGAUACUGUAAUUCAGAUAAAGGUAAAGUUGAUUAAUCAUAUUUAAUUAACUAAUUGAAGCAAAUUAAUAAUAAUUUGAAUUAACAUAAUCUUCUUUCUCCAUCGGUUAUAUUUCGGUUUUCAUUUUUAUCCGUAGCUUGGAAAAAAUAGCAAAUCGUUAUAUAUAAUCGUUGAAUUAACCAAUUGGUUAACUUAUUAUAAGUUGCAGUGAAAUUCGAAAAAUCGUCACGGCUCAUUUACUCUUCUUGCAUUUGCAGAACAUGUAAUGCAUAUCGCGAGACAUUAAAAUGGAAAACGGAUGAGAAAGAGAGAGAUGAAGGGAAAGCAAGGAAUUCCAAAAUUAAAGUCUGAAUCGCGUCAUUUUGAUUCGAAUUUCGGAUUUUUUUUUUUUUUUAUUUUUUUUUUUAGUUUUCCACCGUUUAUCCAUCGACAUACGCACACACGGUUCUGCUAGUUUAGAUUUGUUGUAGCGUAAUUUUUCUUCGUCAAGACUGCAAUGAAUCCAAAGAAGGACAAUUUGACUGAGAAGCUUUGUAAUUCGACUGAAACGAGGAGGAAACGAGACGAGGCUUGAACGUUAAGGUUAGUACGCGAAGCGAAAAAAAAGAAAAAAGAAAGAAAAACACAUUCCAUUAUCAGUGAUGCGAAUCGCUGGUGACUCGAGUCGACCGAGAUGUCGACUCCCCGGCAAGAUUUUGCGCGGGAGAUUUACGCAUUUUCGAGGACGUUAUCCCGCCGCGUGUUUUUAACUUAGUGUUGUUCAAAAAAAAGUGCACAUCGCAAGAAAUAUAAAAAUAUAAAAAACGUGUUAGAAAGAUUAAGGAAGCGUAUUUAGAAUAGGACGUUUGUUCGGAGAGGAAACAGUCUUCCGGGAAUCGUUUCCGUGAUUGAAUUCACGAGUUUACGAGUGGAAUUUUUUUUUUCUAUAUAUCGGGACACACGCCUAACAGUUUUCACGUAGAUAAUGCGCUCAAUGAAUCACUCGAUACGGUGAUGAAUAUCAAAGUGUUUUCGCGAUCUGCGUCGUGUUUGCAAAAUAUACACCUUACGCGCUCGCGAACGGAAUAAGGACGCGAAAAAAGAGAAAAACCUUCGCGUGUCUCUUUUCGUCGAGCCUGAGACGGACAAUUUUCAAUCUCGCGUCGGAUCUGAGAUUUAAACGGACGAUUGAUGCAAGCCGAGAGAGGUGAGACAAUCGAUCAUCAAACGAGAUCGCGAGAACUCGGGAUCGAAAAUCGCGCGCUGCGCGCCGAGAUCGUUUUUACGUGAUACAUCGAUUUCGACUAAAGAAAGAAGGACGAAGCGGAUCGACGACCUUAGGCCUAAUGGCGAAAACGACGGACGAAACGAGGACGCAUCCGAUGCGUCCGAAAAGUUACGCUGGUCGAUGAAAAAGCGAUCGCAGCAGUAAUCGAGGUCGCGACGAUGUUGCGAUCGACGGUUUAUAAUAUUUGAAAGGAAGGGAGGACGAAUAUCAGUUUUACGAGAGACACGAAACAAGAGAAAGGUAAAGAAGCGUGUGUAGACGCGGAAGUGGUAGAGCUAUAUCAUGGGUUCUUAACUUGUAUAUGUAGGUUUGUCGUAUGCGCUAAAUACAAACUAUAUUUUUAACUCUUUAAAAGUAAUAUUUUGAAUUGUAAAUAUAUUAUAUUCGUACGAUACAUCGAUAAACGAUGAUAUUCUCCUGUUCAAAUUUUAUAAAAAAUCGGCAUAGUCCUACCAUAGGUAUCUCAUGAACGAGCGGAGCAGUGGAAAUGCGAAGCUUUCAACAGCUUUCAUUUUUCGAUUCAUCGUUUGAGAUUUUUAAGCGAACGCUCUUAAAAACCUAUUUCCCUCAACGCGCAUUUUUUAACGAGUCAUUGAUCAAGCCGAGAAAAAUUGCUCCAUUUUCCGCGUUUGUUUGUCAUUGCGAAAGAGAUGUGUUUCGCAAAUCGAAUUUUAAAUACGAUUGAAAUAUAGCUUCGGUCUGUGCGCGAACGAUUAUAGAGAAUACACUGCUCUGCUCUUCAAAUUUUAAUAUAUCCAUAUUAACAAAUGUACAAGCAAGAAGAAACCCUAAAAGUUGUUCAUCGUAACAUAUUCAGGUUUAAAACUCAGCGUAGAGAACGAGAAAAUGUUGAUGUUUUAUCUGUAAGGCUAAAAGGAAAUGCCAUAAUAAUUAACGAGCAAGUACAAAUUAUCGUGAAAAAUAUAAAUUAUGUCUACGUCUAACUCUUAGGAUGCGUAGUAUCGGAAAGGGAAUAUUUAGCAAAAAGAAAAGCGCGGGGAAUUAAAGAAAAAAAAGAAACGUACGGGGAAGGACACUGCCUGCCUCGAAUUUCAUUUCGCGGCCAGGUAGAACGAGUUAAAGGGAGGAAGAAAGAAAUAAAUACGCGAGGGGAAAAGGACGAAGGGUAUAAGCACGAUUUUCCAAACAUAUCUUCGAAGUAUGAAGUAUACUGUGAAAAAAAUAUACGAUUUUAGAUAUUUAGCUAUCUCUAUAUCGAGAGAUUUUAUAAUAAUUAUUACGUAUACAUUCUUAAAUCGGUAGACCGAUUCUCGAUGACGUUUGGUCAGGGCAUAAUGUGGAGAGCACGAUAUGGAUUGAACGAAGCGCGGCCGCGAGAUAUAUUUUGCGUUUUUCGUCUUUCUUAUUAUAUUAUUUUUUUCGUUCUUGAAAAAAGUCACUUUGGAGCUGCUAAGAAAUGCGCGAUUGGUUAGUGAGGAAAAAAUUAUCCUAGUCAUUCCGGAAAUUUUUGUGAUUCUGUGAUAUCGGGGAUCGUGGCAUCAAACGAUUCGACGCGAAAAGAGGCGAAAAAAGAGGGAGAGAGAGAGAGAGACCAAAAAAAGUAUAUGUCUGUUCCACAUUAUGAUCGCCGGGCGUACUCUUUGAAAAAAAUCUUUUAGCGACAAAAAAAGAAAGAAAAUUAAUAUUGAUUAUAUUAUUAAAUAUAAAAUGUCGGGAAAUUUCUGUGAUGUUUUUCGGUUGGUAUACUAGCGCGAUUGCUAAAGCUAUGUGAACGAAAAAAAAGUAUACGGAAUUUUAUGUCGAUGUUCGGUGUUGUAUGAUAUAUUAUAAGAGGCGAGACUGUGCGUCGGGGAAAAAUUUCAUCAUACUACUUCGAAAUUCUCGAGAUGGGGUGAAGAUAGGAACGGGAUGGUGGACAAUUGCUGAUCGAUCUGUUGAUUUAAAAAAAAAAAGUCAUUUUUUUCAGCAAAUUUCGUUUCAAAAUCUUGCCAAAGUGUUCACAAUUGAUCGAAGAAAUGUAGUAGAAUGAUUGUAAAGCUCAAUAGUUGAAACUAUUCCUAUUUCAUGGUAUAUUAAAAAUUUCACAAGAUUGUAUGUACGCGAGAAUCGAGAAAUAAUAUAUCUAUUUUUCUCUCCGCACGAUAAAUGCAUCCAGAACGAUCAACCGUUGCCAUUCAUCGCAGAUAGACUUAGUCUAGUGUAAACGUCUAGUAAAGUCAUCCGCACACGCGUGUUGUGGGUGGAUAGAUAUGCGCGCACGAGUGCGUGCGAGGGCGUGUUUGCGUGCUCACUCGCAUUACGCGUCCCCGCGUGCACACGCAGGCACGUCGUAACUAUUGCAGGGUAAAUGACCCAUCACACGCCGAGGCGGAAAAAAACCCGCGAAAAAAAAAAGAGAAAAAGAGGGAAAAAAA